CGCGGGCUGAGCGGAGCCUGAUAGUGCUGAACGAUCGCCAUAGCCUCAUGUAACUUUAGAAACUUAAAGAAAGUUAACGUGGCUGCAACCAUGAGCAUCGGGUGUCUGAUCAGAGUCACAAAAUACCAACUACUGGGCACUAGUAUCAUCGUCAUGCUCCUUGGAGUUGCAGUUGCUGCAGUGACCUUGUCGAUCUCCUUCAGUGAUGAGUUUGUUGUUAUCUGCAAUAUCAUAAUUGAAACCAACCGAUACACUAGAUUUCAUGAACUUGCUAUGUAUAGUGGCUUGUCUAUCAGCAUCUUUUUUGCUCUCCUGGGAAUCGUCUGUCUGAUUGGAAUUACGAAAGAGUCAAAAUACUUGCUCACUGUGGUGCUGAUCUCUUUUGCUGUCCUGUUCUGUGGAGUGGUACAGAUGAUGUACUGGAAGUCUACUUAUAAGCAUCUGGUGGAGAAUGCAGUGAAGGACGUAUACGAUUUUCUGUAUGAAGAUUUCAUGAGAAACAGUUCGACUAAUUCAAAACAGGAUUUGAUGGCCAUUCACUCAACUUUUUUUUGCUGUGGAAAAAACUCAACAUUUAGUCACUACAACAGUGUGGAGAAUGAAACAUGCUUUGCAGAAGGUACUCAUCUAAAGGAUUGUCUUCAGGCAGUGGAGAAUCGGAUCACUAGCUUUAUGGUUAUCAUUGAAGUACUGACGCUAUUUGUGGGAACUAUGACGGUUUAUGGAAUGAUUCUGACUGCUUUCUUCUGCUUUGCUGGUUACUUUACUGAGGAUUGGCACACGAAAGGCAAGUACCAGAUGGCAAAGCAGUAGUGAGCACCAAGCUGAAAUCAGAAACUAGGCAUCGGUCAGCCAGGAUGAGACACCUGUGAAGUGAGGGUUUUUUGGAUAUUGUGAAAGAUGUCACUUCUCAGAGCUCUGAGUCUCUACACUGAACAUUCUUACUUUUUCAUUCUGAAAGAAGGCAAAUUAAUGCAUAUCUACUUCACACCAAUCUGUUGUGUGCUCAGGUCAAUCCCCUCCUCACUGCAUUGCGCCUAAAGAUUCUGCUUCUAAAGAUUCCUGAGCUUUGUUGUUGUAACAGGAAUUUGUGAUUUCUCUUAAAGUACAAAUUUUGAAACAGCAAAUGGUGUUAAAAAUUAACAGCAGGAGCCUCAGCAAUUUUUACUGGGAUUGGCAGCUGGGAUGAGGGAACAUAUGAACAUAAGAACAGAAGUAGGCCAUUCAGCCCCUUGAAUUUGACUAUACGAUGAGAUCUGCUAUUCAAUUAAAUCACUGCUGAUUUAUUUCUCAACUCCAUCUACUUAUUUUGCCUCUGUAUCCAUUUGUUUUAUUGAUGAAUUUUAGCCAGGCAAUUUCAGAAUAAAUUAUUAAUAAAGCUAAAAUCAACUACUUUUUACGGCAGAGUCUUUCACAUUUCUGUCUCUCUUUAUGGAAGAAAUAUAUCUUAACUUUUUUCAUGAAUGGUCUUGCUUCAACUUUAAUGUUUUGUUCCCUUGUCCUAGACCGUUCAGUCAUUGAAAGAUGUAGAAGGCUGAUCAAUGUCAAGAUUGGUCCUCUUCAUAAUAGCUUGUGUGGGAGGGUGGGAAGAACAAGCAUCUCAGCUGAAGAAGAGGUGGGGUAGAAGCUGGAAAGGGGAAUUAUAUUAAUGAUCAGAAAGAGCAGCUAGAUUGAUGGAUAGAUAUUAGGAGCUGAAAAAGAAACUUGUCUUUUUAAAAUUCUUACAAAAAUUUAAGCUGGAACAGCAAGUAAACAGCCCCAUUAUCACUGCUAUGCAAUAGAAUUUGGUAGUAAUGUUCAACUAACCUCUUUGAAGAGAAGCCUGUGUGUAUUAAUCAGUACCUGGAGUUGCGGCCUGCUAUGUGAUAUUUUUAUGUUAUUCAACGACUAUCACUUCCUCUUCUUUCAAGACAUAUUGGGCACCAUAAUUUUGGUGUCUGAACAAAGCAUUUUUGUUACCAUGUAUCUUUACUAUUAGUCCACAUCUCUCAGGCCGCCCAUUGACUCAUAAUGGCUUUUCAGUCUUAUUCCCAUUCCAUUGCAUCUCACUGAGGCUAUAUGCUUCCCUUACAUGUCACUAACAUUCUCACUAAGCUGGAAUGUUUUGUUCUGCCUUUAAUUGAAGGGAGUUCUCAUAUUGUUGUCAUAAAGAGUUAAGUUCGGCUUGUUUGGAAAUUAAAAUGUUUUACUGUUUGGUACUCAUUGUGUGACUCACACACAGGCAGUGAAAUGACAUGAUUGACAGAUGAAUAGCACUAAUGUUUAACAAACAAUAUAACUUCUGUACGAUGCAGCCUCCACUGAUGAAAGGAUGAAUUAUACAAUGUUCUUAGCUCCUUCAGAUGGACUCUACUGAAGUGAGAGUCUGUUUGUUACAUUUAAACACGGUACUAAGACCUCAUCCUCUGACUCAAUAAGCUAUUGCCAGCAAUGAUCCACCUGCAUGGUAUUAAAUAAGGGAUGCCAAACAUGUGCCAGGAUUAAUCCAUUAAAUGCUAGAUUGGAACAAUUGAUGUGAUGCUUCAUUUAGCCCCAGGUUGAUGAGAAAAAGUUACUACCCCACUCAAAAUCAUUAUUCAUUACUGGAUUAUGCAUGUGCAGACCUCAAAAACAAAGAAAAUAGGAACAGGAGUAGACCAUUCAACCCUCGAGCCAACUCCACAAUUCAAUAUGAUCGUGACUGAUCAUCAAGCUCAAUACCCUGAUCCUGCCCCCACCCUCAAUAUCCCUGAUCCCUUUAGCUACAAGAGUUAUAACUCUCUUCUUCUUGAAAACACAUAACGUUAUGGUAUCAACCACUUUCUGUGAUAAUGAAUUCCACAGGCUCACCAUUCUCCUGGUGAAGAAAUUUCUACUCAUUUCAGACCUAAAAGGUUUACCCUUUAAUCUUAAACUAUGCUGCUGGUUCUGGACUCCCCCAGCAUCACAAAUGUUCAUCCUGUAUCUGACCUGUCUAGUCCUACUGGAAUUUUAUAGGUUUCUUUGAGACCACUCCUCAUUCUUCUAAACUCCAGUGAACAUAAUCUUAGCCAACUCAAUCUCUCCUCAUAUGUCAGUCCUGACCUCCCAGGAACUAAUUUGGUAAAGCUUUGCUACAUUCCCUCCGUAGCAAAAACAACUUUCCUAAGACAUGGAGCCCAAAACUGCACAGUAUAUUCCAGGUGUGGCCUCUCCAAUGUAUAAUUGCAAUAAGACAUCAUUGUUUAUGUACUCGAAUCUUCACACUAUGAAGGCCAACAUACAUUCUUUACCAUCUCUUGCACUUGCUCAGAUAUCUACUGUCUGCAGAAAUUGUUAUCACCGUCAAAGCAGAAUUCUCCAGAUAUGACAACAUUCUAAAUAUGCAGCCUGAUUAUGGAAUAGCUGCUGAAUAAUCAGCUGCUGGUCCAUAUUUAUACAUAUGUGCUGCUUUAGAUAUGGCACAGGAAUUCCCUUAAGAAAGAGCGAACCUGUAUUUAUCUGAACCUUUCAUUCUCAGGAUGUUGCAAAGGACUUCACAACCAUUCAAGGACCUUGGAUAUGUGGUCCUUGUGAUUACAUUAGUAAAGGAAAAGCAAUCAGUUUGCACACAGCAAAGUUGGACACACUGCAGUGAGAUAAACAACUGGAUUAUCCACUUUUGAGAGAGUUGAUUGAAAGAUGUUGGCCUGUACAUCUCCUAUUCUUUUUCAUGUAAUUGUCUGUCAUGGAAUAAUCUAUGUUCAGAUUAGGAGAGGCAACUGAUGCUUCUGUUUAAUAUUUCAUCCAAAAGACAGACGUUUCUACUGUACAGCAGUGUGUCUCCCUCUCAGGAUUGCACUGACUUCUCAAGUCAGAGUAAGUGCUCAUCUCUAAAGUGAACUCACAAAUUGCUAAUUCAAAGAUGAGUCUGCUACCAGCGGGCUGAUGCUGAUAUUUGUAGAAGCUGUGGGAACUAUUUCUUCAACAAGAUGUUUGCCUGAAUAUAUGAGGAAUAAAAGCUUAUCAUGUACCAUAAUUGAAUGGUGGCGCAGACUCUGUGGGUCAAAUGGCUUAAUUUUGCUCCCAUGUCUUAUGGUCUUAUGAUAUUUAAAUGUCUCCAUAACUUUAACAAAUCUAGCACAUUACAAACAAAAAAUUCACUCAGUGUGAUUGAAACAGAAUCAUACAGGCAGACUGGCAAAAUACAACACCAGCAAUAUACAAGUAAAUACAACUUUGGAUAAUUAGAUCCAGCCAGCAAGACCAGAAAGAGCAAUGUAUAAGCAUAAAGUCAAACUUCAGUGUAAUAAAAGAAAUUCAAAAACUUUAGAGAGAAUUCCAUGCAGAAUGACAACAGGAAAAUUUCAUAAUACAGUACUAGGCAGGCUGGAUAUUGAUGUUGUAAAGGAAAUCAUCCACGAGCUCAAAAUGGCAACUCAGGUUUAAUUAUGAGCUUUUGGGAAGCCCUGAGAUAGUUGAAUUGUGUCACCUUUCCAAACUGCCUCUGUUGCCAGCCAAAGAAGAAAUUAGGGUAAUUGCUCAACUUAUUGAAUAAUUGAUUUGUGACUUUGACAUGAAGGGGACAAGCAAACCAUCUGAUCAUGCUGAUGUUACUAACGUUAAUCAUACAAGAGCUUUAUGCACAGGUAGCUAUUUAUGAGAAUUUACAGUGACUGGGCCUGACUGACAUCCCACCAAAACAGGCAGUAAAAGGCAACUGGCUAGCUUCACUCAGCUUAGAUUCAUUGGGCUGUGUAGGCUGGGAACAUAUUGCACCACAAGUGGAGAUUUUUAGGCUAAAAAGGUAGUUUCAGCUACAUAAUAAACAACUCCUCUAUAAAGUGAAUAAGCUGGUUCACCCAUUAGUAAUUCAGAACCCUGUGAAAACUAAGCUUAACAUAUAGGUACUCGACACUCUGGAUAUUAUGAGUAGAGCUGAUGUGCAUCAUAAUAAGUCAUGUCUAAACAAAAUAUAAUUAUUAUAUUUUGUAUUAGCUUGUAAAACAGGAACUAGAUAAACUGCAAUUCUACCCUGUGCACCCUUCAAUCCAGAUAACUGUCCAGUUUUGGAGCUGGCAAAAGAUAGCCCCUGUAUUUUGCCACUUACUAUGCAUAGUAGAAGGUGUCCCUAUCUUUACGAUCACUCAGAGAGUCUCGCGAGGUUUACAAAACUUCUGCAAAGAUUGUGAUCUUAAUGCUAACAAGCACAUUUGUGAAAAAUGACAAGGGUUGAUAAGGUAUUUAAAAUCUAUUGAUAAUUAAAUAAAAAUGACUGCCAAUAAUGAAAACAUUUUCAUUUACCUGCACCAUUCUGUGUCCAACCAGUGCUGAAACAUAGAAACAGUCACCAAUACGUCCAAGGCAUCAUCUAGUUGUUGAAGUGUAGGGGUGAUUAAUCAACAUCCAAAAUAAAACUGCAGUAAGAUUGCCCUAAUAAAUCAGUUUCAGAAUUUAAAAAUGUCAUGUCACACUGCAGGUCACUCCACCACACUAUGCACUAUCACACACAUUUGUACACAUGGACACAUAUACGCUCUUUCUCACAUACGCACUUGCGCAUACACACUCACACCCUCUCGCAGGGAAAUACUUUUUCACACUCACGCACACUCUCUCUUAAGCACACACACGCACACACCAUACACACACUGUCACACACACACAUACAUAUAUAAUCACUCAUAUUCGCAUAAACUGCCUCUCAAGCAUACUCACAAACACUCUCUCUUUCUCUUAAACUUUGGAAAUGAAUCUGGUCUGACAUAAACACAGUCUUAAAACAAGGCCUCACACCUAAAAUACAUUUUCUGACCUUUAUAAUACCUUCACUAAAAUGGAGGCAUGGAGACAUUUAAAUAUCAUAAGACCAUAAGAUAGUGAUGAUAAAACCUUCAGUUACCUUGGGGCAGUGACUUGAAAGAAAUUCUGGGAUUUACAUAUUAGUCAAUCAAAACCUGCAUCUCCAUUCUUACAGAUUAAAGACUUAGUAGCCAUCUGGGUUUGUUCAAUAUAGCCAUGACUCUUUGAUCUUUUACUUACAAAUUCUGUGCCCAAUGUAUUCUUUCUCACUAGUUGCCUGAGGAAGAAGCAGGGCUCCAAAAUAUUGUGGUUUCAAAUAAACUGUUUGACUAUAA